AUGGGUCCGUCUCGACGAGCUUCUGCAAGUGCAAUAACCACUAUCAGUGAAAACGAUGAACAAGCACCAUUUUCAGGAGCCGUAAUGCCAACAUUUUCAACACCACCACGUGCCGGUCGAAAGUCAUCGAUAGCUGCUAUAUUUGAUGAUCGUCGACGCGAUGAAAGCGCUUUAAGAUUCGCACGACCAAAUUUGCGUCAUUUAUGGGCUAAAUAUGAUGUUCCAUAUAUUAUUGGUGAAGAUGUUUCUGCUCCAAAUCAUACAUUAUGUGAAUUAUUAUUAAUUCUAUGUUCAUGGUGUCUUGUUGUACUAUUUUUUCCAUUUUCAAUCGCUAUUAUAUUAAAAAUUGUCCAAGAAUAUGAACGUGCUGUUAUAUUUCGUUUAGGCCGUUUAACUACUAGUUCAGCACGUGGUCCUGGCAUGUGUUUUACUUUACCAUGUGUUGAUACAUUACAUCUUAUUGAUAUGCGCACAGUUUCAUUUGAUGUUCCACCACAAGAAGUUUUAACACGUGAUAGUGUGACAGUUGCUGUUGAUGCUGUUGUUUAUUAUCGUGUAUUUAAUCCGACUGUAUCGGUUGCUAAUGUUGAACAUGCUCAGGAAUCAACACGUCUUUUAGCGCAAACAUCAUUGAGAAAUGUUCUUGGUACACGGCUUCUAUCGGAGUUAUUGUCUGAUCGUGGUUCUGUAUCCAAUGCAAUGCGUGAAUGUUUAGAUGAAGCAGCAGACAGUUGGGGUAUUAAAGUUGAAAGAGUCGAAAUCAAGGAUGUACGUCUACCAAAAAUGUUACAACGUAUUAUGGCUGCUGAAGCUGAAGCUGCGCGUGAAGCGCGCGCAAAAAUUAUUGCUAGUGAAGGUGAAUUUAAAGCGUCACGUGCAUUGAAAGAGGCAGCUGAUACACUCGCACAAUCUCCAUAUGCAUUGCAAUUACGUUAUUUACAAACAUUAAAUGGUAUUGCAACAGAACAAAAUUCAACUAUUGUAUUCCCAGUACCACUUGAUAUUUUUUCAUUGUUUCAAAAUAGUGAAUUAGCUUUUAAACCACCACCACCACCAACAACAGCAUCGAACACAGUGGAUCAAUUCGCUGCAAAAGAAAUGCUAAUGCCAGCGACAUUAUUAACAACAACAAAUAUGUAG